CAGGGCCACUGGCCCUAUAAAGGGGUGCCUUAGGGAAGGUGGCCCUGGUGUGGGUUUCUGUGGUUGUUGCAGGCUGCUCUGGUGUCUUUCAGGAUGUUUGGUUUGCAGGUGGACAUUGGCAUGCUGCUGGAGCCCCUGGGCUUCAUAAAGGUCCUUCAGUGGAUUUUUUCCAUUUUUGCUUUUGCAACCUGCGGAGGCUUUCAUGGUGAAACUACCCUUUUAGUUUCCUGUAAGGGUGUGGUGAACAAAACUGUAACAGCUGCUUUUGCAUAUCCAUUCAGGCUGAAUACUAUUGUAUUUAAUGCACCAGAUCCAAAACGCUGUGGUGGUACUUGGACUGACAGCUAUCUCGUGGGCAACUUCUCCUCUUCUGCGCAGUUCUUUGUUACACUUGCAGUGUUGGUAUUACUCUACUGCAUUGCUGCCCUUGUUGUUUACGUUGGAUAUAAGCAUGUGUAUCAACACAAUAGCAAGUUUCCACUAACUGACUUACUUGUCACUGUCAUAAUAACCUUUCUGUGGCUAGUCAGUACUUCUGCUUGGGCAAAGGCACUUGCUGACAUCAAAAUAUCCACGGGGGCCAGUAUUAUUUCACAAAUUGACUCUUGCAACGCACCAGGAACAACUUGUCACUUUGUUUCUGUGACUAGAAUGGGAACUCUGAAUGUGUCUGUGGUAUUUGGCUUACUUAAUAUGGUUUUGUGGGGAGGAAAUAUUUGGUUUGUAUACAAGGACACCAACUUGCACAACCAGUCAAACAAAAUUUCUCAAGUUGCAGGAAUGUAUCCAGCUCAAAGAAUAUGAAAGCGAGAUGAUACCUUGAAGUGCUUCUACCUUCACAUCGCAUUGCCAAGAGCAUGAAGCUAUUAGGAUUUCUUCCGGUAAUAACUGAUAGUACAAAAUGGAAGUCUGCACAGAGUAUUAGCUUGACAUAAGGUCUUUGAAAUUUCAGCUGAAAUGUUAUCUUGAAAUAUAUUUUAUGCCUUAACAAAAAGCUGCACAACUUUGUACAAAUCUCUGAAGAGCAAGAUGUUGAGGUUACUGAUGUUUUGGGGAGAGUUCUUAUAUUACCCACAUAGGAGGGAUGGGUAAGGAGCAACUGCAUUUGGGUUACGCCUGCAACCUAUUUACUUCUAAUAAGCCUUUAAUGAAAAUGAAAUGUAAAUGUAACUAGGGCGUGUGAAAUUCCAAUGAAAAUGUAGUUCAGCUGCCUCCUCUGAUUGGUACCUUGCAAAAACCAUAGGAGUAAAACUUGUAGCUUUGUCAUGGUUGUAGUCAUCAUACAUGGGUUUGCAGAUGGUCUAGGUUACUGUAUCAAAUCUGUCAACCAGUCUCACUAGAAGGGUGUUAUUUCUGUGUUUAAUAUGUUACUAUUAAAUAGCUUGGGAUAAGAAGA